AUACUGUGUGUGUGUGUGUGUGUAGUAUAGUGUGUGUGUGUGGUGACCAGUGUGAUCCUCCUUCUCCUUGUGCGAACAUAUUAUGAGAGGGUCAUGUUGUGUUAACAGCGUCCAGCAGGGGGUGUCAGGCACAGAGUCCAGGAGGACAGACGAGACAAAGAGGGACUCUGCUGCAGAACACAGAUGGACACCAGAGGAGGCAAAACUCAGAUCCACUCUGAAGAGGAAGUUUCAGCAUCUGAUUGAAGGCGUCCCAAAUCAGGGAGACACCAGACCCCUCCAUAAGAUCUACACAGAGCUCUACAUCACAAAGGGGGGAAGAGGAGAGGUCAAUGAUGAACAUGAGGUCAGACAGAUAGAGAGAGCAUCCUGGAGAGAAGCAGCACGAGGCAGACCAAUCAAAUGCAGUGACCUCUUUGAACCCUUAUAUGCACCAUAUGAAAAUGUUGAAGGUGACAGCAGGAGAAAAGGGUGGGCUGCACCAUUCAAAUACAUCAGAGACAUCUUUAAACCCUCACGCAGACAACGCAAACCCACAAACACACACACACCCAUCAGAAGAGUGCUGACAAAGGGAGUGGCUGGCAUUGGAAAAACAGUCUCUGUGCAGAAGUUCAUUCUUGACUGGGCUGAAGGAAAAGCCAAUCAGGAUGUCCACUUCAUAUUUCCUCUCCCCUUCCGAGAGCUGAACCUGAUGAAGGAGAAAAAACUCAGUCUGGUGGAGCUUAUUCAGCACUUUUUCCCUGAAAUUCAAGGUCCAAGGAUCUUCACCGGUUCAGAGCACAGAGUCAUGUUCAUCUUUGAUGGUCUGGAUGAGUGUCAACAUCCUCUAGAUUUCAACUCCAACACAAGGUGUUGUGAUGUAACAGAGCCAGCCUCAGUGGACGUGCUGCUGACAAACCUCAUCAAGGGGAAUCUGCUUCCCUCUGCUUUCCUCUGGAUCACCACCCGACCAGCAGCAGCCAAUCUGAUCCCACCUGAGUGUGUGGACCAGGUGACAGAAAUAAGGGGAUUCAAUGACCCAGAGAAAGAGGAGUACUUCAGGAAGAGAAUCAGUGAUGAGAAUCUGGCUAACAGAACCAUCACACACCUGAAGUCAUCCAGGAGCCUCUACAUCAUGUGCCACAUUCCAGUCUUCUGCUGGAUUGCCGCCAUUGUUGUGGAGAGAAUGUUGAGUGAAACAGGGAGAGGAGAGAUUCCCAGGACUCUGACUCAAAUGUACACACACUUCCUGAUCGUCCAGACAAGCACCAAAAAAGAAAAGUACACAGAGAGAACAGAGACAGACGAAGAGAUGAUUUUCAAACUGGGGAAACUGGCUUUCCAACAGCUGGAGAAGGGCAAUCUGAUCUUCUAUGAGGAAGACCUGAGAGAGUGUGGCAUUGAUGUCACAGAAGCAUCAGUGUACUCAGGAGUGUGUACUCAGAUCUUCAGAGAGGAGUCUGGGCUGUACCAGGGGAAGGUGUUCAGCUUUGUGCAUCUGAGCAUUCAGGAGUUUCUUGCAGCUUUAUAUGUGUUCCUCUGCUUCAGCAACAGAGAGAGAAACAUGCCUGACCAACAGCAAACCUCUCAACUCUCUGCUCUGUUCAGAGCUGCAACACUUCAUGACCUACACAAGACUGCAGUGGAUCUGGCCUUACAGAGUGAGAACGGACACCUGGACCUUUUCCUCCGCUUCCUUCUGGGCCUCUCGCUGGAGUCCAAUCAGAAUCUCCUAAGGCACCUACUGCCACAGAUAAGAAGCCAAUCACAGAGCUCAGAGCAAACAGUCCAGUGUGUUAAACAAAUGAUCAGAGACCAAGAUGAUUCAGAUGAUCAAGAUGAUUCAGAUGAUCAAGAUGAUUCAAACAGAAGGAUCAACCUGUUCUACUGUCUGAAUGAGCUGAAUCACCAUGCUGUAGUGGAGCGCAUUGACAGGAGCUCACAAACUCUGUAUGUAGAUGUGCUCUUACCAGGAGAGUGGGAGACUAGGAGAUUGACUUUUAAGAUUUCAGAAGAGCAGCUGGAUGAGUUUGACCUGCAGAAGUACAUAAAGACACCAGAGGAGGAUCUGACUGAACUCCUCAGUCCAGAUGAUGUUCUUCAGAGGCUGGUGCCAGUGGUCACAUCAGCUCUGCUGGGUCUGUGUUCCCUCACAGAGAAGAGCUGUGCUGCUUUAGCAUCAGCUGCCAGAUCAACCUCCUUCAGUUUGAAGCAGCUGGACCUAUCUGACAAUAAGAUUCAUGAUGCAGGAGUUCAACAUCUCUCAGACCUCCUCACGAAUCCACACUGCAAACUAAAGAAACUAGAGCUGCAGUGGUGUUCCCUCACAGAGAAGAGCUGUGCUGCUUCUGACACCAAUCUGGCUAUGGAUGAACUGUAUGAAAUCAUCGAUCGGCUGGAAACUCAGAAACACCCAGAGGCUACAUUCAUUGUGGCAGGCGACUUCAACAAAUCCAACCUCAGGAAAGUUUUACCGAAGUAUCACCAACACGUUAACUUUCCAACUCGAGGUGAAAACAUCCUGGAUCACGCCUACUCGCCGUACAGUCAUGCCUACAAAGCCCGCCCCCGCCCUGCCUUCGAAGAGCUGAACACCUUUUAUGCUCGAUUUGAGUCCCACACCAGGUCAGAGGUACUGCUGGAGCAAGACAGCUGCCCUCUCCAGGUAUCUGUGACUGAUGUGUGCAAGUCAUUCAGGAGAGUGAAUGUGCAUAAAGCUCCAGGACCUGACAACAUCCCUGGCCGUGUUCUCAAGGCCUGUGCUCCUGAACUGGCAGAGGUGUUCAGUGACAUCUUUAACCUCUCCCUGUCCCAGUCUGUCGUCCCCAAUAGCUUCGAGAGCCACCAUCAUCCCAGUCCCUAA